CGUGACAGUUUCCAGAGCCCCUACCUUUGCCAAAUGCCAACACUCAAAUUUGUUUUCAUUGUUGUUUAUUUAACAAGUAAAUGCACAUAUUAUAUAAGUUUAGACAAAAUUUCAAGCAGGAUAAAAUAAUAAUAAAUAAUAAUAAUAAUGGGUAGUUCUCUCCCCUCUUUCCUUCGCCACCUGCGAAGGCUCGGCCAGCUUCUGAUCGCCAUGGUUCUCUCGAUCUUCCUGGCCUGUCUCAACAAUCAACAACGACAACGACACCGCAAAUCCAAGAAGAUGGGUGAUCAAUCGGAUCAGGAUGCAGAGGAGAUGCCAAAAGGGGCCUCCGACUCCCGAUCCGCCGCCGUUUGCAGACGAAGAAUGGUGGCUCAUAUCUAUGGGCGGCUGUCCAUAGAUGAUAAAAAUAUUGUUCAAAGAACCAAGCAUCGCACAGUUAAACGAAAGUUUGGGGUAACCCUGGCUGAUUGUAAUUUGGAGACCGCGAAGCGUCGGCGAUCUGUUAACGCUGUCGCCUGGUCUUUUAAGCUUCCUACAAUGGAGGAAUUGGAAUUGGAGGAGCUGGUAUUCAAACAAACCAUUAUGGUUUCCAGUUCUAAGAUGGCAAUCGGGAAUGCCUCUCCUCCAUCGGGAUCUUCGGAUUCCGUUAUUUUGGUCACAAGCGAAUUGUUCCGGCGGCCGGAAGGUGAGCCUCCUGCCGAUGACCGGACUUUCACCGUCAAUGGUUAUUGGCAAAAAGAUCCUCCCACUAGACGGCUGAUGGUUAGGAGGAUAUCUCCUCUGGAUUCGGUUUCCGAGAAUGACGGGAUUUUCACUAUUGAUUCUCAAAUUCCGAUUUCCUGGUUGAAGUGUUCUGUUUCGAGGAGAUAUCUACUUCCCCAAAACCGUGUGGGACUGGGAGUCCCUUUUGGUGACUUGGCACGGCUCUUAUUUAAGAAGCUCGCUGUUGGCUCUCAAACUCGGAGUUUAACCUCAACCUGAGCUACAGAACAACCACGAGCAGAGCCUGCCGUUGUCAAUCCCAGGAUCCCGUCCCACGCAGGUAACUCCCUGGUCGCUCCCCUUCUCCCUCGAUCCUUUAAGUUGCUAGCCAGCCCGCUGCUCAAAACUGACCGUUCGGGUGGAUGCGACGUUGGCAACGUGACCGCUGUUCGUAGCCAUAGACGCUUUGCAUGCAUGGGGUUUAGGUGGCCACGUCAGGUUGGGGGGUUGAGAUGAUUAUUAACAUUAAAGAACCUACUUUGCAGGUUCAAACCAUGGCGCACGUAACUUCGGAUCAAGUGGUGCAAUUCUCCAUGGAAGAGGUCCAAUCGACGAAAUAUCGUGCUUCUCACUCCUUGCUUGGUCGAGUCUUCACCUCGAACAGAAUUUCCACUACGGAAUUGAGAGAGGCUGCUCUCACACCAUAGCUCAUCCAAGGGCGGCUUAGGGUGGUUUUGGCUAAGCAUGGGUUGGUUGAGUUCAUGCUUCCUAGUGAUGAGGCGCAGAUCUGGGUGCUUAAACGUACCCCAUGGGUCCUCAAUGAUCAAAUCGUCCACCUUCGUCCAUGGACCCCGGUGAUUACCAAACAAGUUCUUGAUGAUCUUGCAGUUGUCCCAUUCCGGGUUCAAUUGUGGGGCGUCAAAGAAGAAUGUUGCACACAACAAUUCGGGAGAAAAAUGGUGAACUCUACUAUCGGCAAAGUGCUCGAAUCAAGUCUUUUUGCCUGU